AUGUCUGCGCUGGUUUUGUAUAGGUAUGAGCUCGGUCGUCAGCCAACAAACACUAAAUUAUCAAUUAACAAGACAAUCAGAAGGAUCCGUGUUCAAGGGAGUACUGUGAAGUGGAAAACACUUAGAUUGAAUACCGGUAACUUCUCAUGGGGUAGUGAAGUAGUAACUCGCAAGACUCGUCUUCUGGAUGUGGUUUACAAUCCCUUAAAUAACGAGCUUGUCCGAACGCAUACUCUUGUUAAGAGUGCUAUUGUUCAGGUGGAUGAUGCACCAUUCAGGCAAUGGUACCUUCAGCACUAUGGUGUUGAAAUUGGUAGAAAAAAGAAAUCAGCUGCAUAG